UCUAGUGUGGUGCAGUGUUACAAUUUUUGCCUCCCUCGUGCUCCGCCGAUAGAGGAUUCUUAAAGCAGGGAAUCUGUACUACUCCUACUAAUCUAUUCCAAAAUCAAUGCGAAACAGGCAGGUAGUGCCCCAUUAUUCUAUGCAUGUCACAUUCGCUUUGUUUCCUCUUCUUCCCCAAUUUUUCAUGGUUCACGACAGCAGAUGGAGGUGUAUUCCGUGAAAAACUGCAUUUUUCUACUACUCCCGUUUUGAUCGGCGUCGGCGCGCGCGGAUCAAAGAGAGGUCUUUAGAAAUCUCGGAAGGGUGCCGGCGGGCCUGAAGUGCCUUCGGUCCUUCACCAUGGCCGGUGGAGAUGCGGUCGACUCCGGCGAGAAGCGCCUCAACGAGCUCGGAUACAAGCAGGAGCUCCGGAGGGAGAUGACACUGUUCAAGGUGCUGGCUAUCUCCUUCUCGACGAUGACACUCUUCACGGGGAUCACGCCGCUGUACGGGAGCAGCCUGCAGUAUGCUGGGCCAGCCUCCCUCGUGUGGGGUUGGGUCGUCGUCUGCUUCUUCACCUGGUUCGUUGGCAUGGCCAUAGCCGAGAUCUGCUCUUCCUUCCCUACCACGGGUUCCCUCUAUUUCUGGGCUGCUCAUCUGGCCGGCCCGGUCUGGGGUCCGUUGGCAUCUUGGUGCUGCGCUUGGCUGGAGGCCAUAGGCCUCAUUGCCGCAAUCGGCUCACAGGCAUACGCAGGAUCCCAGGUGCUGCAGAGUAUAAUUCUGCUGUGCACUGGCACGAACAAAGGUGGUGGCUAUCUGGCCCCUCGCUGGCUGUUCCUCGUCAUGUACCUUUCGUUAAUCUUCAUAUGGGCCGUGCUCAACACCUUCGCCUUGGAAGUCAUCGCGUUCCUCGACGUGAUAUCCAUGUGGUGGCAGGUGAUCGGUGGCACUGUCAUAGUGAUUAUGCUCCCCCUGGUAGCGAAAACCACGCAGCCGGCCUCGUAUGUGUUCAUGCAUUUCGAGACCGCGCCGGAGGUUACCGGGAUCAGCAGCAGCGGGUACGCGGUCAUCAUGUCCUUCCUGGUGAGCCAGUACUCCCUGUACGGGUACGACGCGGCGGCACUCCUGACGGAGGAGACCAAGGGUGCCGACAAGAACGGCCCCAUCGCCAUCCUCUCCAGCAUCGGCAUCAUCGGUGUCUUCGGCUGGGCCUACAUUCUCGCCCUCACAUUCAGCAUCCAGGACUUCAGUUACCUCUACGACCCGACCAACGAGACUGCCGGCACCUUCGUGCCGGCGCAGAUCCUCUACGACGCGUUCCACGGGAGGUACAACAGCUCUGCGGGCGCCAUUGUGCUGCUCUUUGUCAUCUGGGCAUCCUUCUUCUUCGGCGGCCUCUCCAUCACCACGGGUGCUGCCCGGGUGGUCUACGCGCUGUCGCGUGACGGCGGUGUCCCGAUCUCCUCUGUGUGGCGCAAGAUCCACCCCACACGCAAGGUGCCCGUGAACGCGGUGUGGUUCUGCGCCGCCGUGUGCGCGCUGCUGGGCCUGCCCAUCCUCUGGCUCGAUGUGGUGUUCACGGCCAUCAUCUCUGUGGCUACCAUCGGGUGGGUUGGAAGCUAUGCGGUGCCCAUCUUCGCCCGGAUGGUGAUUCGGGAGGAGGACUUCCGCCCUGGGCCGUUCUACCUCCGGGGAGCCAGCAAGCCCGUCUGUCUGGUGGCGUUCCUGUGGAUCUGCUACACGUGCUCCGUCUUCCUGCUCCCUACCUCGUACCCCGUCAAGAUGGACACCUUGAACUACGCGCCCAUCACGCUCGGCGUCGUCCUGGGGCUGAUCAUGCUGUGGUGGGUUGUCGACGCAAGGAAGUGGUUUAAGGGACCAGUCAGGAACAUCGACGAGCAGGUCGAUCGCUACGGCGAUGGUAAUGCACUACAGCAAACUCCAUUGUUAUUGAGGGCCUGACUUUGAGAAUUUCUACCAAGAGUGCCCCUUAACUCUGUCCGGCAACAGCGCCGGCAGACACAUUUUUGGGGGCGCCGGCACAUUUUUUCAGUCAAUUUGGAGAUGUGCCCACGCCGUCUCACUCCCAA